UUUGCCUUUCUCAUAUAGAAAGGUUAUGCAAUCACUCUGAAAAACGUCAACCUAAUCCCGGCCAAAUUUUUUUUCGACUCGCAUAAGGUUUCUGGAUUUUAACAGGGGCGUAGUUGAUGGUUUACGGAGAGGGGUUACACCCCCCCUCUACUGUUCACUCCCCUCCUUUAAAAAUCUCCUUAAAUCACCCUUCAGACCACCACCUCAUACCCCUCCCUUUCAACCCCAUCAUCUUUAAACCAGCACUAUAUUACAAAGCAUACCAAUUUAAGCUGGGGAGUCGUUCAUUCAUGGGACUUUCGCCCUCCUCACAUACCCAUCCCCGCAUGACAAAAUGAGUUAGCAAGCAGAUAACAUUGAUCUAAUGCUGAUUAGGCUAAUGGAGUAUGAUAUUUUUUUGUUUCAAGUGUUUCACCGUCGACACGUAGCUCAUCAAGUUCGUGGCUGGCAUGCCAUUGUGUAUAAGUGCAAAGUGUACUAAGAAUGUAAUAGACAUUUCCACAAUUAUGUUGAACAUAAAAAGCCUCCGUGCCAUAGGUUAGAGAAAUGAGAAAGGCACAAUUGCACCGCUAGGUGGAUUAAAACAGGUUUUUUGAUCCUCCUCAUCUGAUUAAAUCGGCACGAAACAAUUUAAUGCAUCAUGGAGCAGUAUGGAAUGGAAAAUUAGCCAGAUGGGAUCACUUGAGGAAUUUAUACGAGGAGGAUUCCAGACGGCUUCCAAGGGCUGCUCCAAAGCUCACCCGUAAGCAUGUGUAUCUGCCGGCAUUUGGGGAAAUGAGGGUUCAUACAGCCACCCAGACACUUAGUGCAAGUGUGUACGCGGCAUUCACGAUGUACAUUCGUGAAGGUACACUUCCGCAAGAAUUCGACGCAACUGCAAUGUACUGUAGGGAUUUCAACAAUUUGUUUGAUGUAUUUAACGCGUCUAAAAAUGCAAGACAUCAACAAAAGGAAUUUUUACAACCGCUAAAUGCUGAUUGUAGCCAUUGGAACUGCCUGGAAAAAAUGGAAUCCAAGCUGCGCGAAUUGCGUUUCAUCGACAACAAGUGCAACUCAUUAGAUGAGGAGGAUAACUUUAAAGCCCUUCCGAAGUGUAGCCGUUAUCCUUGGUUCAUAAACGGAUGGUUACUUUGCAUAAGUUCUCUUGAAUGUCUUUUCAAAGAUUUAACGUCGCAUUUCAAUUUUUCUGAAAUUUCACCAAGGUCUUUAAACCAAGAUGGGCUCGAAAACUUUUUCGGAUUAAUUCGGAUGAAGAAUGCUAACAACAAUCGACCUGACUGCACCCUUUUCAGAUCUGCGUACCGAGGAGCAGUUGUAAAUCAGUUGCUCAGCAGCCGAGCAAAAGGAAAUUGCGAGGCGGAUACAGGCCUUGUUCAGUGUGAACGAUUUUCAAAAAAUAAAUUUGAAAAUCGUUAGAGAAACCAAUGAAAACUCUGUUGAGGCCGACGAUGGCGAGAUUGUAUGCGUUAAUUCGAGAAUGGAAACGUUUGACAAUGAUCAACUCCACAAUAUUGAAUACACCGCUGCAUGGUUAAGUAGAACCCUAACGCACGUCGACUGUGUCGAAAAGCUACAAGACACACCGAAAUCCUCUUCCUUCUUGGCCGAACUGAAAUCAAACAGGCUUAUGGUAACGGAGAUGAGCCAAAAUUUGGUUGAUUUCGUUACGCAGAUGGUUGAAAAAUUCAACGGGGAAUUCGACAACAAACUUAAAGAAGGCUCUUCUUUGGUUAAAAAGAAAAUAAUAUCAACGAUUAGUUUUCAAGCUAUCGACGAGCUAAUAUGUGCUAAAUGCUCUCAACAAAUGGCGGAUAAGUACAUCAAUAUGCUGAUGAAGGCUAAAUUAGCAUCGAUGAACGAAUUGAUGGAUAAAAAUAAAAUCAGAACAAAAAAAUUAACAAAACAGCUGAGCUACAGAAGGCCCGAAAACUGAAUAUCUAAUAAUUCAAGUAUCGAACAUCGAGAAAUUCAAGUAAUUUUGAUCUG